CAACAUACGAGCACUGCUAAUCCCUGAGCUGGUAAUACGAUCGAGCUGAGAUGAUGCCAGCCGCCGUGAUCGUCUCCUCAUCCAAGGUGGCUGCUGCGGCACUCGCCGUCGCGCUGUUCGCCGUGCUUGCCUCGUACGCCGAGGCCGCGAAGCCCGGCGGCGGCUGGCUCCCCGCCAAGGCCACCUGGUACGGCGCGCCCAACGGUGCCGGCCCCGACGACAACGGCGGCGCGUGCGGGUUCAAGCACACCAACCAGUACCCCUACAUGUCCAUGACGUCGUGCGGGAACGAGCCCCUGUUCAAGGACGGCAAGGGCUGCGGCGCGUGCUACCAGAUACGGUGCCUGAACAGCACCCACGACGCGUGCUCCGGCCGGGCGAAGCGCGUGAUCAUAACGGACAUGAACUACUACCCGGUGUCCAAGUACCACUUCGACCUCAGCGGCACAGCGUUCGGCGCCAUGGCCAAGACGGGGCUCAACGACAAGCUCCGGCACGCCGGCAUCCUGGACAUCCAGUUCCGGCGGGUGCCCUGCAACUACAAGGGCCUGACCGUCAACUUCCGCGUCCAGGUGGGGUCCAACCCCAACUACUUCGCCGUGCUGGUGCAGUACGCCGGCAAGGACGGCGCCGUGGUGCAGGUCGACCUCAUGGAGACCGACGGCGCCACGGGGCGGCCGACGGGGGCGUGGACGCCGAUGCGCGUGUCGUGGGGCGCCGUGUGGCGGCUGGACACCAGCCGCCCGCUGCGGGCGCCCUUCUCGCUGCGCAUCCGCAGCGACUCCGGCAAGACGCUGGUGGCCGACAACGUCAUCCCGGCGGACUGGAAGCCCAUGACCGACUACCCAUCCUCCGUCCAGUUCCCCUGAAACCGCAGCCGCAUGGUGCAAGCGAAUUAAUCGUCCCUGAUUGAAGCAUUGUUGUUCGUCAGAUACCCCGAUCCAUUGUUUAGUGUUGUCAUCGUAUAGUACGUACGUGUCUUGGGAGAUUUGGAGGAGGCAACGUGAUCUCCCCGCCCACGAUCGCAACUUUGAAAUAUACCAUGCUGUGUGUGUGUAAUGUAAUAGACAUACCAUAUACUACUGUACGUGUCAA